AUGCUCAAAAGAGUCGAGGAAGAUGAAGUGGAUAUAAGAAUCAAAAGGAUAUCUUUUGGCUUGUUAUCACCGCGGGAUAUUUCGGGACUAUCGGUGCAUGAGAUUUCGAGCAAGGAUCUGUAUGACAUAAACACGAGAGUGCCUUUACCGAAUGGCCCCUUGGACUUGAGGUUAGGUGUUGGAAACAAGAAGGACAAGUGUGCAACAUGUGGAGAAGGAUUGGCUACGUGUAUCGGACACUUUGGAGAGGUGAAGCUGGUUCUUCCGGUUUUCAAUAUAGGGCUAGUUAAGAACACGAUUUCUACGCUAAAUUGUCUUUGCAAGAGCUGUGGAUCCAUCCUUCUUGGAGAAAAAAAGAAGAUAUACUUCAAAAAGAAGUUACGAGAGAGUAGUGGUGGAAACGACACCAAGCUUAUUUUAAGAAAGAUUAUUGCGGAAUGUAAGAAGGCGAAUGUUUGCUUUGUAUGCUCCUCUAGGAAUGGACAAGUCAAGAAAACGUUUGGAUUCAGAAUGGUUCAUGAGAUUGAAGAUCUUGAAAAGAGGAAAAAAGAUAAAAAUAAAGGAUCGGGAGGAGUAAAUUCUUCGGAUUACGAAGAAAUAAAUCCUUUAAUGGCGCUUAACAUAUUUAGGAUGAUGAAGGAAGACGACUACGAACUCCUUGGGUUUUCCGAGUCACCUGAACGACUUAUAAUACAAAGCAUCAUAGUUCCACCAUCCUGCAUUCGUCCAAGUGUAUCUAUGGAUGAUGAGGGAACAAAUGAAGAUGACAUAACAAUUAAAAUAAGCGAAAUUGUCCAUACUAACAAGGUGCUUAAGGAAGGAAUAGAAAAGGGAAACCCGCUAAACCUUAUAAACGAGGAUUGGGAUCAUCUUCAGCUUCAAUGUGCACUACUCAUCAAUUCGGAGCUUCCCCAGGUAGGGAUUCCCGGGCAGCCGAUCCGAGGAAUAGUUCAAAGGCUAAAGGGAAAGAAUGGAAGAUUUAGAUGCAAUCUAAGUGGGAAGAGAGUUGAUUUCAGUGGAAGGACGGUUAUCUCACCUGAUCCAAAUCUAAGCAUCGAGGAGGUGGGGAUACCGGAAAGAAUGGCCAAGAUAUUGACUAUUUCCGAAAGGGUCACAAGCUUCAAUAAGAAGAAGCUGCAGGCUCUAGUGUUAAAUGGCCCUGAAAAGUAUCCGGGGGCUAAUUAUGUGGUUGGAGAGAAGUUCAAGAGGUUUUUGAUGUAUGGGAAGAAAGACACAGAACUCAAAGAAGGAGAGGUUGUCGAGCGACACUUACUGGAUGGAGAUAUGGUUUUAUUUAACAGACAGCCUUCUCUUCAUCGGAUGAGUAUUAUGUCUCAUAAGGUUAAGGUUCAUGGGAAUAAGACUCUCCGGUUCAAUGAGUGUGUUUGUACACCAUACAACGCAGACUUUGAUGGGGAUGAAAUGAAUGUUCAUGUUCCUCAAACAGAGAAAGCACGAGCCGAAUCAUCCAUUUUGAUGUCUGUUUCAAAUAACAUUGUCACGCCAAGACAUGGAGAGCCGAUUGUAGCUGCCACCCAAGACUUUAUUACUGGAUUAUAUUUGAUAACUGGAAAAGAUACCUUUUUCGAUCGAGAGAGAUUUGGGCAGCUUGUAAGCUAUUUUUCAGAGACAAGAAUCAGUAUGAAACCAGCGAUAAAGAAGCCUGUGGAGCUAUUUACUGGAAAACAAUUGGUAGAGGCUCUUAUCAAGGACUCAUUUGCUGCAAGUAGGGAGGAUUACCGAAGUCCUUAUGGUGGGUGCAUUUCUCUCGUAGGUAAGAACAGAUCAUUCAAGACUCAUGAUGAUCCUAACGACGGAAGUGUGAUAAUAUUGGACAACCUCUAUUACUUCGGGCGCCUUGACAAAUCGAUAAUAGGAGGAGAAAAUAAAAAGGACAGCCUUAUUUAUGCAAUAAUGAAAGUGAGUAAUAAGGCUGCAAUAAGAGUCAUGAAUAGCAUAACGAAGUUAUGUUCAAGAUAUCUUGGAGAAGUUGGUUUCAGCAUAGGCCUUGACGAUGUACAACCAGGGCCGAUAUUACGGCAAAAGAAGGAGACAGUUGUCGGAAAAGGAUAUUUGGAGUGCGAAAACAAGAUUUUGGAAUAUUCGAAAAAAUCGGAGUCCAGUGAAGAAAUGCUGGAAAUGGAGAUAUCUUCAAUUCUCAACAGAAUUAGAGAGGAAUGUGGAUCUAUAUGCAUAAACGAGCUAAGUAUCAGAAACUCUCCGAACACAAUGCAAGCAUGUGGAUCCAAAGGCUCCAAAAUUAAUGUUUCUCAGAUGGUAGCCUGUGUAGGGCAACAGAUUGUGAGCGGAACCAGGAUUCCAAAUGGAAUGGACGAUAGAUGUCUUCCCCAUUUCCGUAAAGGAUCGAGGACUCCUGAAUCAAAAGGAUUUGUACGGAACUCUUUCUUUGAUGGACUAACGUCUCCAGAAUUCUUUUUCCAUGCAGUGAGUGGGCGGGAAGGGCUUGUUGAUACAGCUGUGAAGACUGCAGAAACGGGAUAUAUGCAAAGACGUCUUAUGAAGGCUCUUGAGGAUCUAAGUGUCCAGUACGACGGUAGUGUUAGGAAUUCAAAUAUGGAGGUGGUCCAGUUUUCCUAUGGUGAAGAUCAGAUCGACCCCGUAAUCUCGGAAGGAGAUGAUCCUGUUAAUCUUGAAAGGGUGUUUUUGCAAGCCAAGUCUGUUUUUUUGCAUCAGCUCAAUUCGGGUCGGUUCUCGCAUUCUCUUCAACCAGAAAGUUGCGAUGUGAUUGAUAGCCUCAGAGAACUAAUACCUAAGGGAUAUCCCAUUGAGCGCAUGAUUAACAAAAGAUUUGUAAAAAGCCUUCAGGAGCUCAUAAAAUCUAAGAGUGAGGAAAGAUUCUCUUUUGAUGGGACUUCUUUCCCAUAUUUUUCAUCCAGGGACUUUGUAAGAACAUUUUUCUUCAUGGUAUCGCAAAAAAUGAUGGAUUUGAUUAUCGAGCCCGGAACAACAGUUGGAGCAAUAGCUGGGCAGAGUAUUGGAGAGCCGGGAACCCAGAUGACACUGAAAACAUUCCACUUUGCAGGAGUAGCCAGUAUGAACAUCACCCUUGGUGUUCCAAGGUUGAAGGAGAUAAUUAAUGCUGUUUGUAACAUUAGUACACCCAUUAUAAAUGCAGAACUAAAUGAUUCACAGAAUCUGUUUGCUGCUGAGGUUAUAAAAGGUAGGAUUGGCAGAAUUUCCCUGAAGGAUAUAUGUUCUUCGUUAACAGAGGUUGUUGAUAAAGAAGAAAUAUUCCUCGACAUUGCCAUAGAUUUGGAAAGCCUUUCUCGCCUAAAGUUAAAUUUAGAUAUUCAUAAAAUUGAGAGGUUGUUAAGUCUUCAUGACCAAAUAAGGAUUGUAGGUAAUAAUGUCCUCAGGGUAUUUAUCAAGAAGAUCACUGACCAGAGCUACUUCAACCUUCAAAAGAUCAAGAAGAAAUUGCUGGGCACAAGAAUAUGUGGAGCACCCCAAAUAAGCAGGGUGAUUAUAAAUAGCAAUAAGGGACAGUAUAGUCUGGUGAUCGAGGGGACUGGACUCUUGAGUGUUAUAAACACAGAUGGAAUAAGGUGCAGUAGUGUGACUAGCAACAGUGUAACGGAAGUAGAGGAAGUAUUGGGGAUUGAAGCGGCAAGGGCCCAGAUAAUCCACGAGAUCGAAUAUACUAUAAGCAACCAUGGGAUCAAAAUAGAUCCAAGGCAUAUAAUGCUCCUGGCAGACACAAUGACAUAUAGGGGAGAAGUAUUUGGAAUAACAAGGUUUGGAAUCUCAAAGAUGUCCAGAUCUACUCUUAUGUUAGCAUCUUUUGAGCAAACCAGUGAUUAUUUGUUUGAGGCAGCUGCACAAAACAAAUCCGAUGAGAUAUGCGGUGUCAGCGAGUCCAUAAUUCUUGGAAUUCCAAUCUGCAUUGGUACUGGGUCCAUUGAUCUGUACUGGAGGCGCGAUUCUUAG